AUGGCUAUAAAAGAUCUGAUGGAGCGGGAGCGCCGUUUCCAGCAGGCCAGCCGUGAGCGUGAGCUGCGGUGUGUUGAGGAGUUAGAAAAGCACGCUUUCUUCCGCGGGGUGACCAUUGAUGAUGUUAAGCGACUAGCUCACUCGGAGGAAGAUAUAGUCCGUACGGGGUUUGCAGAUGUUGUCGGUGACAGUACGUUUCAGUCGGUCCAUAUAUUGUCUUUGAAUUGGAGCCGAGAAUACAUACGGUACGUUUGCAGCAAGUCGGGAAACUUUCAGAUACCCGAGGCAAAUAUUCACUGUGAUGGUCUUGUUUGCGACUCUACAGGGGCACAAUAUAGUGGGUAUUUUGAUCGUGAAGUUGUUACAGGACUGGAUAAGUAUCAUAUCUUGGAUCGGCAGUUCGUAGGCCGGCCGAAGGAGAAGGUCUGGUAUGUAGGUGACAGUGAGAACGACCUGCUCUGCAUAUUGCAUCCGGAAGUAAUUGGCAUACUUAUGUAUACUGGCAAAAAGGAGAAGCUCAACCGUCUUCUUUGUCUCCUUGGCGCGGAUCCAGAAGCAAUCGAUGAAGAUUGGAACUAUUUUAAGAUCCGCCAUGGAGUUUGGUGCGUUAGAGAUUGGCUGUCCUUCGCAUCGCUGAUUAAGGCUUCAACUACAAGUGAGUAA